CAAUCGCCCAUCAUGCUUUCAUUGGUUCUUCUUGCUUCCCAGCUCCUCGUUCCUGCAGUGUUCGCGGAGCUGUCCCUUCGUGGAGCGGAUAUCUCCUCCCUGCUCAUCGAAGAGGAAGCCGGUAUUUCAUACAAGAAUUCAGCCGGGACAACAGAGAAGCUGGAAGUGAUCAUGUCGGAUCUGGGAAUUAAUUCCGUCCGUCAACGUAUUUGGGUGAACCCAAGUGAUGGCAGUUAUGACCUCGAUUACAAUAUCGAGCUUGCAACCAGAGUGCAGGCCCAGGGUAUGGGAACUUACCUUGACCUGCAUCUGAGUGAUACAUGGGCGGACCCAAGUGACCAGACAACCCCGACUGGAUGGUCCACAACCGACAUCGACACCCUGACUUGGCAACUAUACAACUACACCAAAGAAGUCUGCAACACUUUCUACGAAAACGGCCUCACAGUCGACAUCGUCUCAAUCGGAAACGAGAUCACAGCUGGCCUCCUCUGGCCACUCGGCGAAACACCCAACUACGAUAACAUCGCCAGUCUCUUGCACUCCGGCGCCUGGGGCGUAAAGGACUCAGACCUAGAGACAACACCCAAGAUCAUGAUCCACCUCGACAACGGCUGGAGCUGGAGCGAACAGGAGUACUUCUACAACGAGGUGCUCGCUUCCACCACUGACCUCGUCUCUUCCGACUUCGACUACAUGGGUAUCUCCUACUACCCCUUUUACAGCUCAUCGGCUACUCUCGCGUCGCUGAAGACUAGUAUGACGGAUAUGUACGCCGCAUACGGCAAGGAUAUCGUGGUUGUCGAGACCAACUGGCCUGUCUCGUGCCCUGAUCCUGCGUAUGCAUUCCCAAGUGACUUGGCAUCGAUACCGUUCUCUGUUGCUGGACAGGAGACGUACUUGGAGAAGUUGGCGGCUGUUGUUGAGGCUGUCACCGGUGGAUUGGGUAUCUAUUAUUGGGAGCCUGCUUGGGUGGGCAAUGCCGCUUUGGGUAGUAGUUGUGCGGAUAAUUUGUUGGUUAGCACUUCCAAUGAUGAGGCUUAUGCUAGCUUUGCCACAUUGGGAGAGCUUUAG